AUGAGGCACAAUGCAACAUUAAGGUAUCUUUUAUCUAAGAAAGAUGCCAAGCCAAGAUUGUUGAGAUGGAUACUACUAUUGCAAGAAUUUGAUCUUGAGAUCAAGGAUAGAAGAGGAGCAGAUAAUGGAGUAGCUGAUCAUCUUUCAAGGAUGAGAGUUGAAGAAAAUCUACCCCUUGAUGAUAGGCUACCUGAAGAAUCAGUUUAUGCAGCUGAAGCUAGCAAUAAGCAUGGACAACUAGCCAUCACAGGCCAGGAACAAAGAUCUCAUCAUCAAACACACCAUGGUUUCGCCACAUAG